AUGCCCCCUCAUGUGGACGUGGUCAUAGUUUUUCGUGCUAUCCAGAAAGGAACCAGCUUUUCUAAAGAGCAGGUGCGCCAGAAUGCUGUCAAGGCAGAAAAGCAGUAUUCCAAGCUCAUCGAUACGCUCACCCGAGCUGGCCUCAAAGCUGUUGGGAGGCGUGGAGAGAGCCAAGGUCAAUUGCUUGUAAUGGUGACUUGCCCGCAGAAUGUGCUUGCGAACCUUAUUCGUUGUGAACGAAAUUCAGACUUUCUAUACGGACUUCCGAUGUCUAAGAUGCCGUCCACGAAUGAAUAUGAAUCAGCCCCACUAUCUACCGCUGACCGUAUCCGUUUGGUCCAUGGAUUCAUUUCCUCUACACCCGAAGAUAGAGGCUUGGGUAUUAUUCCAGGGCGAAAAGAAUGGGAUCUCGUGGAGUCUGUAAUGGUACUUCACGACCACGACUUCAAUGACCACUGGAUACGCCUAUGGACACGGCACCGAAUAGCGAACGUUGAACUCGAAAAGAUUCGAGACCAGUUCGGAGAUUCCGUUGCGCUCUACUUUUUCUUCCUCACAGCAUACACGCGGGCCCUGAUCUUUCCCGCGGCUCUUGGCGCUAUCUUUUAUCUCUGCGGCAACCCCUACUCUGCCUUAUAUUCCACUUUACUCCUGUUGUGGUCAAUUGUGUUCGUCGAAUGGUGGAGACUGCAAGAGCGUAUCCUGUCAGUCAGAUGGUGCACUCGUGGCUCGUGGCGCGUGGAAAAGCGGAGAGUUGAUCAUCUGCCGAGUUUCCCCUGGUGGAAGCAGGAGACGCGCAUGAUGGCUGGCCUUCCAGUCAUCCUACUCUUUGCGACUAUCCUUGCGGUCAUAUUGACAGGCAUAUUCGUCCUGGAAGCUUUUGUGACUCAACUUUACAAAGGUCCCGGUCACAGAUAUGUGGCUUUCGCCCCAACGAUACUUUUCUCGCUCCUUGUUCCUCGGUUACUCGCAAUGUACCAGAAACACGCCACGAGUUUUACGGAUUGGGAAAAUCACGAGCAUCAGUCGAGCCAUAGCAGUUCUCUUGCAUUGAAGGUCUUCACGCUCUCGGCGAUGAAUGCUUAUCUCGGCCUUGCCCUGUCCGCAUUCGUCUACGUCCCUUUCGGCGAAAGUGUCAUGCACUUUGUCCAGUCACACUUGUUCACAGGCGGUCAUCGUGCGUUGGCCCUAUUGGAGAAAUUCAAUAUCAAUUUCAACGCCACGUCGCAUCUCGGCGCUGGAGGAAGCGCUGGAAAGACAGUCAGUGCGGCGGGACUCAGUAUAUGGGAGUCGGAUAGGAGCAAUGCGCGACGCAAGUUGAAUUCGUCGAGGCUUCAGGAGCAGAUGUUCGCCUUUACGGUUACAAACCAAGUGGUGGAUACCUUCACGGAGAUUGGCUUGCCAUAUGUCCUCCGAGCCGUGGAGUCGUUCCGCAAUGGGAAAGGUUUUCGCAAUAACAAUGGAAAAGGACACGGGAAGAAAAAGCGGGUGGCGUUUGAUGACGAACCUGUGGGGCAUGAUGCACACGGUAGAGAGGAGCGCGAAUUCCUCGAGCGCGUUCGGAGCGAAGUGGCGCUGCCAGAGUAUGAUGUGUUCACGGACUACAGCGAGAUGGUGACGCAAUUUGGCUACGUUGCUCUUUGGUCGACGAUAUGGCCACUUGCACCGGUGAUGGCGCUUCUCAACAACUACAUUGAAGCUCGCUCUGACGCGUUUAAAAUCGCGAUGCACACCCGGCGACCGAUACCUGUCCGGACAGAUACGAUAGGGCCAUGGCUCGAGUCCCUAUCGUUUCUAACAUGGUUGUCGGCUCUCACGAACUCUGCACUGGUGUAUCUCUUCCGUCCCCCCCAACAGGAGCACGAGCUGGGAACCGCGAUGAAUGCGAAUGUGACUGAGGAGUCGCAGCACCUGAAUCAUCAUCGACCUAAUGGUCUCGCUGCAACCCGAGAACUUCUGAUGUCCGCUCUGUUGAUCGCGAUGUUAGCGUCCCAUGGCUAUCUCGUGAUGCGUGUCGUCGUUCGACAUCUCCUGAACCGUGCCAUAUGGAUAGGAAGUAAGGAGAUGAAGGAGGCAGAACACGUAGAGCGGGAGAUGAAGGAGAAAUAUCUGAGUAGCCUCGGGCAGUGCGUGCCUGGUGAAAAUGUGAUAUUGGAAAUGUCGGACGAGAAGGAUGAGUGGGCCAACUUUUGGACAAUAGACGAGGGGAUGGAUGACAUAGGGAAGAUGGUGAAAGAUGCUUGA